AUGGCCUUAGCGGACAGCGCUCGGGGGCUUCCCAACGGGGGCGGUGGGGGCAACAGCAGCGCCUUGCGGAGCGGCGCGCGAUCGCAGCCGCCAGAGCCCACGGCGUCGGCGCCCGGCGGCUGCGAGGGUUUCCCGGAGAUCGUGGAGCUGAACGUCGGCGGGCAGGUGUACGUGACGCGCCGGGGCACGGUGCUGUCGGUGCGGGGCUCGCUGCUGUGGCGCAUGUUCUCGCAGCAGGAGGCGGCCGAGCUGCCGCGCGACUCCAAGGGCCGCUUCUUCCUGGACCGCGACGGCUUCCUCUUCCGCUACAUCCUGGACUACCUGCGCGACCAGGAGCUGGUGCUGCCCGAGCGCUUCCCGGAGCGCAGCCGCCUGCAGAGGGAAGCCGAGUACUUCCAGCUGCCCGACCUGGUGCGCCGCCUGGCGGCCGCCCCGCCCAUCACGGCGCGCUUCUCGGGGCUUCUGCGCGACCCCUCGGUGUGCACCGACGAGCCGCCGGGGGUGCUGGGCUACUUGGAGGCGGAGUUCCCUGAGGCCGGCGGCGGCCCGGCGCUGUCCGCCUCGCCCACGUCCAGCCGCAGCCCGUCGGGGGGGCCCCUGCUGGCGCCGUCGCUCUCCCUGGACGCCGGGGGCGUGGUGGCCGGCAGGCGCUCGGGCUACAUCACCAUCGGCUACCGCGGCUCCUACACCAUCGGGCGGGACGCGCAGGCCGACGCCAAGUUCCGCCGCGUGGCGCGCAUCACGGUGUGCGGCAAGACGGCGCUGGCCAAGGAGGUCUUCGGCGAGACGCUCAACGAGAGCCGCGACCCGGACCGGCCCCCCGAGCGCUACACGGCCCGCUACUACCUCAAGUUCAACUUCCUCGAGCAGGCCUUCGACCGGCUCAGCGAGGCCGGCUUCCGCAUGGCGGCCUGCUCGUCCACCGGCACGUGUGCCUUCGCGCCCGAGCAAGGCGGGCCCGCCGACGACAAGAUCUGGACCAGCUACACCGAGUAUGUCUUCUGCCGGGAGUGA